UCUUACGUUGAAGCACUUUAACAUGGCCGUAUUGUUCUCCUACUAUCUACUUGGACGCGAGAGCCGAUAAACAAAGAAGAAAGUUUCUAAUAAAAAUGAUUCGCAAUCGUGAUAAACUAUCUUUUACAAAUAACAGAAAUAGAAAUAUUUCAUAUAAGGGGAGGUGGAAUAAGAAACUACAUAGAGACGUAUACCCAAAGUUAAAAGCAGAAACAAAAAUUACAUGUCUUAUUCCACUUCAAACAUAUAAUUCCAGAGUAAAAUUGUUUCAAUCUAGAUGUCGAAUACGGAAGACAAAUCGUACUACAGCAAAAAUUUCAAAAUAUUCUAUUUUAGAGAGCAAGAAUAUAGGGCAUGAUAUAUGUCAUAAAAUUCUAAAUACAGAUAUUAAGCUUACAGAAUGUUAUAGAAACAUUAAUUUAGAUAGUGUUAUUCCUGCUUUGUCACCAAUAAUGGAAUUGUUCAAAAACCGGCAUAAUAAAUAUAAUUAUUUUGAUAAGUUAAAAUGUAUAAUAGAAAAAGAUAGCAAAAAGUAUCCACCCUUGAAAUUCAAGCAUCAAAUUCAUGUCCAUUCGCUACAAUCUUUCUUUGGUUUGCUGGUAUAUGAAAAUGUUCCUUUUGAAUUAUUUGGCACAUUAAAAAAUCAUCAAGUUGUAAAGAAGACAAUAUCUCGUCUCUUAAAGACAGUUCCAAAUAAAAUAUUAAUAACGAGUGCUUUCAAAAGAACUGUACAAAAAACAGUUGCCAGUGGGGCAUCACUAGAUAUGGAACCAUUAUUCAAGAAGUUGGAUAUUUCCAAAAUUAAUUGGUUACAUUCAGUUGAUGAUACAACAAUACAAUGGAUAAUCAUACUAAAACUAUUACAUUGGUUUUUUGCACAAUAUAUCAUAAAGAUUUUACAUAAAUAUGUGGUCUUGAUAGCAGUUAGAAAACGAUGGGUUUACAUCACAAAAAAUGAUUGGUGCAAUAUGCAAAAUGAAUAUAUAAAGGAAAAAGAGAAAUCUGGUAGUCUUGUGCCAUAUAUGAAGUCAAAUACGAAACAAAUUACUGGGAUAUAUAAAUUUAUUCCAAGUUCUUCUGGUUUGAGACCAUUAUAUUUGACAAAGCAUGAUACUGAAAUGAAGUAUGAUAAAAUUGACAUUGUUUUAAGAUUUCUUCAACAGUUAUAUAUUACGUACUUUAAUGAAAAUGGGAUCCCAACUGUAGAAGGCUGCAAACGUACAAUUUAUAGUUUUUUAACAUCAAGAUCUAAGAAUCAUUUGUAUUUUGUUCAAUGUGACAUUAAAGAUGCAUUUGGUUCGAUAUUACAAAAAAAAUUAUAUGAUAUCAUUCAGACGUGUUGUCAAGAAUUAGAAGGGUAUAUUGCCGUACGACUUUGUACCCUAAAGAAAUCUAAGAAAAAACAAAAUAGGAUAUACAAAUAUACAGUGCAGAUUAUAUCUAAUCACCUGAAAAAAUUAAUAUCCAAAAAUAUAAAUCCAACCAUAGAAAAACCCAAAUUACUUAAAAAAAAAUGGGUCAUGGAUAAGCUGUCUAAAUUAAUUUUUCAACAAAAGAUUAAAUUAAAUGGUCAAAUAUGUUCAUUAAAAAAUGGUAUACCACAAGGUUUAUCAGUAUCUUCGAUUUUAUCUGAUAUAUAUUAUCAACACAUGAUUAAAAAAAUAUUCUCUGAAUAUACAGACAACGGUCUUUUAAUUACAUAUGUCGAUGAUAUGUUAUAUUUUACUGAGAGUGAACAUCAUGCAGCAAAGUUUCUGGAAAUAAUUAGGAAUGGCAUACCUGAGUAUAGUGUAAAAUUCAAUUCAGAUAAAACACGAACAAACAUAGGAAUGCCUUACGUACCCGUAAAAAUAAAAUUUCUAGGGUGGAAAGUACCAACGUUUAAUGUCAGAUCUCGUAAAAUGCUAUAACUGUAUUGUUAGUGGUUAUUCUAAACACUUUCCUUAGUCAACACAUAAUUCAAUCAUUUAUAUUUUACACGUUAUUAUAUUUUAAGUUAAGUAUACAAUAUUAACUUACGAACAGUUAAUUUUUCGUUAAUUUUUCGUCGAUCGCAACAUUGUAAAAUAUGACACUGAUGUACGUACGAUCUUGAAAGAGAAUAAGUAAAUGAUAUUAAAAAUAA